AUUUUUUUUUUUCGAUGGGGAAUCGGGAGGCAAAGAAGCAACCAGGAGAUGGCCGGAAUGAGCAUGCUGGGCCACAGCCAGUCGUUGACCCAGUCCUGCCAGCGAAAAUUACGCAACCGACCGUAUUGCGAUUACCGCAAACCCUCACAGAACCAUGCUUCCAGAACGAAGACGUCAAGUUGCGCCACAUCCACACACGACGAAGGCAGUUUCGAUAUUACAGCAGGGCCCAAAUAUGCCCUGUCGAUCAGGCUAAUGGCAGGGUUGUUGACCCUUCCAUGCCCAAAUCGAGCUAUUUCAAUCACCUAAUACCUGCAGACGCUCCAACAACCCUCUUCAACCGCCCCCGGCCAGCGCCGUACCAAGCCGUAAAUUACCGGGCAGCACAACACCCGAACGUGCGCCCCUUAUCUGAUCGAACCGCGUCGUGCCACCCGAGAGCGCCAAGCCCCGCCGCCGAAUUUUGCCCCAACAAGGAAAUUAUCUCCACGUUUCCGCGCUAAUCACGCCACCAACUGCGGAUCAGAUAACUCGCCUGGCCCAUCAGAUUAGAUUGUGCUGCUUGAUCGGUCGCAAAGGCUGGCCUGGAUUCAGAUUAUCAGAUUGAUAAUGCCUGUCGUGCCGUGCGUUUCAUCAUUGUACGAAUGGGCGCUGUUGAGAGCGAGCGACCGACCCCGGCCGGCGACCAUCUCGUUCCGCUCAUGUCCACAAUCGCCAAGGGCCAAUGAACCAAGCAACAAGCAAAGUUUGGCUACAAGCCUUCAGAUCAUCGAGCUAAUUCGAUCGCAAUUCCGCCUUUACCGAGGUAGGGGUGGAAGAUGCCUUGCCAGGCCGACUUCCUGGCCUGUCCAUGAUGCUUCUGGCGAUGCAGAUGGGUCCAUUUAUGUCAACACGUAAGACAAGACUAACUAUGCAUUUAACUCAGAAGGGAGAUUGACAAAUGCAA